UGGCGGGAGCUGGAGCGCGUCUACAGCCAGCGCAGCCGUAUCCACGAUGAGCUGAGCCGUGCGGCCCGCGUCCCUGAAGGGCCCCGCGGCGCCACAGGCACCGCCAACGCUGGACCUGCCGCCGGUCCCCCUGGCCUGCGGCGUCCUGUCAACCUCGACUCAGCAUUAGCGGCGCUGCGCAAGGAGAUGGUGGGGUUGCGGCAGCUGGACAUGUCCCUGCUGUGCCAGCUGUGGGGCCUAUACGAGUCAAUCCAGGACUACAAGCACCUGUGCCAAGACUUGAGCCUGUGCCAGGACCUGUCAUCCUCCCUGCAUUCAGACAGCUCCUACCCACCUGAUGCUGGCCUAUCUGAUGAUGAUGAACCUCCUGAUGCCAGCCUGCCCCCGGACCCACCUCCCCUAACUGUGCCCCAGACGCACAAUGCCCGUGACCAGUGGCUGCAAGACGCCUUCCACAUCAACCUCUGAAGAGCUGGGAGUGUGGUGGGGGUGGGCAUAUACCCAUGCAAAAGGCUCAGAAACUGCCCCAUCAGUAAGUACUCAGACUAUAGUGCCUGCUUCCCCCCAUACCAUCUCAUUCCACAGGAGGGCAAGGCCUGGGUCCCUCAAGAAGCAUAGCUGCCAAGCCCCUCUCCUGUCAGGUUAGUUGGCACUGAGGCAGGUACCUGGGCUACAGGCUCUGCCCGUGGCACUGGACCUCCACUUGAUGUAUGCACCCCAGGUUGGCCAACCUUUAGUCUGGCAGUGUGGCCCAAAGCAUCUUGCACUUCCCUUGGUGUCUCUAGGAUUGGGAUGAGUGGCUGGCUCCCAUCUCCUUUUCAUCUGUGGCAGCUCUUGGCAGCUGCUGGCUCAGGGGCAUCCCACUUCUGGUCCCUGGGUUCCACUGCCCUAGACGAGGGCUCCAGGACCCAUUCUUGCACCCACCCACAGUCGGGAGGGCCAAGGCUCCGUGCUGGAUAUUUAAGUUUAGGGGCCAGCCUCCUGGGCGCAUAGAUAAAUAAAUAUUCUCAGCGUUC